AUGUGCGUAUCAAAUGAUAGAGGGUGUGCUGGUAUUGGUACUGCAGUGACUGCAUUUUCAAAACAAGGGAGCAAGAGCAAUGUCAACCCCUGGCACAUGUGGAUCUCAAGCAGUGCAGCUCAAGGCGGUGCUGGUGCAUCUCAAGAGGAUGAUGUUGCUGUUGGUGAUAAAAGGAAACAACAACAAAACAGCAAGCUGAAAUAUGUUGUUUGGAAAGAACUAUAUCUUGCUGCUGCAUCUUACCUUUGCCACUCAAAUUUAAUAGAAAGCGCCUUCUCCAAAAUUGCAGAGAGAAUUGAGUUGGAAGCUUCUGUGAUUUCAAAAGAACAAGAAAGGCACAUUCUUCAUGAAACCUACAAGGAAACCACUAGAUGCAGGAGCAGGAAAGGUCCUGGACAUGGAUACUUGGCAAAGUAUCCGACCCGAAGCCAACUUAUGAAUGAACGAAUUGAAGAGCAAGCUCGUGCAUCUGCAUUAGCAGCAGCAGCCCAACAGAAGAAUAGUGAGAUGCAAGCUGAGGUAGAGAAGUUAAAAGAAAAGCUUACCGUUCAAGCAUUUGAGAGAGGAGAGCGACAAGGAAAAAAUUCAAAGAAUUUGCAACAUCAACUGGAGAGUACAAGUAGCAAGAUAAGAGAAGAACUAAGGCAAGAGUUUUUUUUCACUAAUCAAACAACACAAUCAAGCGCCGCCUCUGAAUGCUGCACCAACCACAAUAGCCCCUCAGCCUGCAGAAAAUAUGGUUAG